UCUCCGCGCGGGACGGGAGUCAAGGCGGUUGCUAAGGACGAGCGUUCUCUCAAAUUCGGGCCGAAAUUAUGUCUUUUUGACUCCGCCGUCGACUGAAACUACACAAGAAGGAUUUUCUACAAUUUUAUCUGCCCAACGAGUCCACUUACCUGUGGAUAAAAGAUUUAAACAAUGGCAGAUGAGGCAGGAGAUAUACCAGAGGAAGGAGCCAAUGGUGUGACCAAUGGAGACGGGGAACCUGUGGAGAAUGGUGACGACAAGCAUUCGUCAGGAUCACCUGAAAACGCUACAAAUGGAGAGCUGGUUGUACAGAAUGGAGACAUGGUGAAUGGAGAGACAACAGAUGUGCAGGUGGCUAAACCACCUGUAGACGUGAAAAAGCUGAUCAAAGACAGAGUCAUCCUUAGUGCCUUGAAAGCUGACAUGUGGACAGAAGAGCAUGAUGGGACUAUUGAGAGAUGGUUCUCUGAGAGUCCCAGUCGUCUGUUGGUGGUGUAUCAUGACCCCCACUCUGGUCUGAACGUGGCCUAUUCCACACCGCAUCACCCUCCAGAGGAACUCACAUACUUCAUUAGGCCAGAGGGUGUAGAAAUCACAGCUGAAAACUUCCACAAGAGGGUCCAGUAUGGAACCGUGAAGUCCCAGUACAUAGAGAGCCUGCUGAGGCUGAUGACUGGUGUCUACGCACCCAUCUUCUUCGAGAACAAGUCAUGGCCCGACAGUAUCCUUGUCAUAACUCCCUCAGGUAUCAAAAAUGACUUCUCGGCUCAGCUUCACAAGUUCCUGGCCAACCUGACAGACACACGGUACAAGAUGGAGGGCCACACAGUCCUGUACAUCCCCAAUGAGGGUACCAGCAUUCCGCCGGAAGUAGCCGCCAAGGACAAGGAACUAGUCUCAAGCUGCUAUGAUCCACUGGACAAGGCAGAUCAAGGAGGUCCUAAGUUCCCAGGAUGCAAUAGAGACUGCCGACAACGCUGGUCCUCUGGAAGAGAUUGA